AAAGUCAGCAGCAAAACUUUCAUGUGUCUUGUCAUGUGUUUAGUUUACGUCAAGAGUUUCCAAAUUUUGAAAAUUGCCUUUGAUGGAAUUAAUGUAGUUACAUUUUGACUGACUUCUGUAUGCAGCCUUUAAAUACUGAAAAACUGGUGAACUUUGUUUUUAUAGUACAGGGUGUCUUAGAAAUUGUGUUCGUGUUGCCGAAUUUGUUGCUCAGAAAUUCUCUUAAUGCAGGUGCCUGAGAAUUGGCUUAUAAAAAUCUAGUAAUACGGCACUUUAUGUUUUGUAAGCACAAUGGACGAGAGUGAUAUAACUCCAAAUACAUCUAAUCAGCAGCUGGUGAUAAAUAGUGACAAUGAUUCGGCAACGGCGCUGCUGCAAGAGAAGCAAGAAAGGAGAAGUGAUAGUUUGCGAGAUGUUAGUUUUGUAGAAUACAUGACUGUUGGAAUAUUGUGCUUCGUCAAUCUUAUCAACUAUAUGGAUAGAUUUACUUUAGCAGGAGUGCUGACAUAUGUAAAGGAUGAAUUCGAAAUCGGCGAUGACAGUGCUGGUUUCCUCCAGACUGUGUUCGUUGUCGCGUACAUGGUGUUCGCGCCUAUUUUCGGCUACCUGGGCGAUCGGUACUCCAGACGCAUCAUCAUGGCGUUUGGAGUCGGCCUCUGGAGUAUGACCACAUUGUUUGGAUCUUUCAUCACCAAUUUCACAUGGUUCGCGGUCUUCCGCGGGCUAGUGGGCAUCGGCGAGGCGUCGUACUCCACCAUAGCUCCCACCAUCAUCAGCGACCUGUUCGUCGGUAAUGUUCGCUCCAAGAUGCUGGCCAUCUUCUACUUUGCCAUACCAGUCGGCAGCGGUAUGGGGUACAUCGUGGGCUCAGUGGCGGGCGGGGUAGCGGGCGACUGGCGCUGGGGGCUCCGGGUGACGCCGGUGCUUGGCGCGGUGGCGGUGGCGCUGGUGGCACUCGCAAUGAAGGACCCGGAGCGGGGCGCGGCUGAAGACAGCCAUAUGACGGCCACAUCCUACAGCGACGAUCUGCGCUCGCUUGUUAAGAAUCCGUCGUUCAUGCUGUGCACUAUUGCGUUCACGUGCGUUACUUUCGUAACGGGCGCGCUGGCUUGGUGGGGACCGCAGUUCAUAUUCCUCGGCCUCAACUUGCAAGAAGGCAUGGAUAUGUCACUGGAGAGGGUGUCGCUAAUCUUCGGCGGGCUGACGAUGGCGUCGGGUCUGUUGGGCGUGCCACUGGGCUCGUGGCUAGGCGCUGGCUUGGUGAAGCACUACCCACGAGCGCAUCCCAUCAUCUGCGGCGCGGGCCUGCUGCUCUCCGCGCCCGCCAUGACCAUCGCCGUAGCGAUCGCCGACCAGUCCUACUACGCACAGUUCAUCUUCAUGUUGCUUGCCGAAGUCACACUGAAUCUCAACUGGGCAAUAGUGGCCGAUAUGUCGCUGUAUGUGGUUAUUCCACCGCGACGAUCUACGGCAGAAGCGUUUUUAAUCUUAAUAUCGCAUAUGUUUGGAGAUGCUGGAAGUCCAUAUUUGGUUGGAGUGAUUUCUGAAAGCUUGAAGAAAUCUUUAUCAUGGUCGCCUACUGAAGAACCGAGUGCAAGUGUGCAAUUCAGAGCUUUGCAGUAUUCCUUGUUUAUCACUUGCUUUGUUGAAGUGAUUGGAGGCGUAUUCUUCUUGCUAACUGCUAUCUACAUCGUCAGAGACAAAUUGAAAGUAGACAAUGCAAUCACUGCAGCCGUUGCUCAGAGAACGGAGCCGUCACACAGUACAGCACAAGAAGAAAACGCAAGUGAAUAAACAAAAUUAGAAAUGUCCGAAUGGGUACCUAUCCUAAUAACGAACACAUAAUAUUAGAAUCUAAUAUUUCAACGAAAUAACCAUAAUCUUUAUAGUAGCCGUUGCUCAGAGAACUGAGCCGUCACACAGUACAGCACAAGAAGAAAACGCAAGUGAAUAGACAAAAUUAGAAAUGUCUGAAUGGGUACCUAUCCUAAUAACGAACACACAGUAUUAGAAUCUAAUAUUUUAAUUAAAUAACUAUAAUUUUUAUAGCAGCCGUUGCUCGGAGAACGGAGCCGUCAUACAGUACAGCACAAGAAGAAAACGCAAGUGAAUAGACAAAAUUAGAAAUGUCCGAAUGGGUACCUAUCCUAAUAACAAACACACAAUAUUAGAAUCUAAUAUUUCAAUUAAAUAUCGACAUACAAAUUAGUUUUCUUAACCAAGGCCUUAUAGAGUUGAUUUAUAGUUAGUUUGAUUGUCACUUAUAAAGGAAGACUGAUUUAUGGAAGACAGCAUACAUGCUAAGUGCGGGCUAUCAAACGAAUCCAAGAUGAUUGUGUGGAACAGUAUGUAGCUUAGAAUGUAAGGGUGUAGGAUCUUGAGGUCUGUUCAUUUCGGUAUUAUUAUUUCACAUUUUUGUAAGUAUAUUGCUGGAAACAAAUUAAUUUGCUUUUCAUGUUUAAGUAUCUCAAGCGAUAUACUUCAAAAAGCACAGUUCUGCUGUUACCUAUUAGUUAAGAAGAUCCCUAAGUUAUUUUAGGCUUAAAAGUCCGGAUAUUUAAAAUAUGAAAAGUUCAUUUCUUGUGAAAUUAUCAAUUAUUUAUGGUUAAUUAUUAAAAUUUUGUAAUUUAAUAAUCAAUUUUAUUUUAUGUGUUUUGAUUUAUCUUUAACAUUAUUUUGUAAAAUUUAAUAGCAAUGGUGGCUCAUUCAUCAUCAUUGACGAAUUAUAUGAUUAUAAAUAUUACUUCUUUUCAUAUAAUAAUUUAAAAUAAUAUAUUCAUACAGUUUAACGAUUCUAGUUUUUUAAGUACAAAUCAGUCAGCGGUUCCUAUUUAACAGUAAACAGUACAUUUAAGAAAUCUAAUUUAAAACUUUCGUAACAUCAUGACAAUAAAAUAAUAUUUCAACCGAUUUGCUCAAAAAAUGCAUUCACGGAGGUUGUAUACAUUGUUCGAAAGUUCAAAAUUACGGGUCAUUCAACAGAGCGUGCGAUAAAACAUUUUACCGUACGUUUGUAAUAACCAACUUAGCGCUCUGAUGUCAUAAAUAACAAUUAUCAUGACUUAUGCACAUUAUCCGCCUUAUUACAAAACGUUGACUAAAGGUAAACCUAGUGUAAAAUUUAUGCUGCCCCUUUUGUUUUGCAUGCAAAAAAAGAAAACAGAGAAUGUAUUAGGUUUAAACCAAGAAUAACUUUAGUCCACGUUGGAACAAGUCAGCAUAACCAAGUCAUCUGUUUACAUACAAAUUAAAAGGGGUAGACGUCAUAAUAUGUUGCAUACCAUUGUUUUGAAUUUGCCUAUCUUGUAAUACUAUAAUGCAAAUAUUCUUCCAGUCUUUCUCGCAAAAAGAAAAGAGAAGUUUACCAAAAUAUUUUAAAAUCAUCAAUCUGACAAUCGUAUUGAUUUGCACGGAAAAGUUGUUGGUUCCAUAUUAUUUACUGUUAAAUGUUUCAGUAGAUGUGUUAAACUGUAUUGAAUAUGAGGAAAGACUGAAUUAGUGUUGAUCACUUAGUCUACUUUGUAGUAGUUACAAAAACACAAUUGUUUAUUGUAAAUAUUGUGUGAAAGUAUCAUGGAAUUGAAGAAAAUAAUAAAUUAUUUUUAAAAAUAAUAUUGCUUUAUUCAAUUAUCAACAUUUAUUUCAAGCAUCAACGAGUACUUAAUUAUAAUUGCUUUUCACAUAAAUGGCACAAUUAUCGGUGGUCUGGUAAUACUCAUAAAUUAAUCAUGGUAGAGUUACCCUACAUUCUCCAGAGAGAAUAUAGUCAUUGAUCAUUCCUCAUAUAGGAUGAGAUUCAAUAAAUUCUUAUAAAGGAAAUAUUUUCAAAUGUCCUACCAAUUAAGAGAUUUUUGGAUAACCAUAGAAAAAAACUCAAAAUUACUUUUUCUACAAUUAUUUAACCUUAUUAAAACAUACUUCAACGACAUUUAAAACAAUUCACAUGGACGAUUUCACUUAAACAUCUAAAUGCUCUAUUCAUACUAGCGCAGAGUCGAAGCGAAGUGAAUUCAAAGCAAAUUCACCAUUAUCUCCGCAACAUACAUAUAUAUUCCUUAUGAGAUACAACACUCGCAAAUUCGCGCGCUGAUUAUUAUAAGCUCAGAUGAAAUAUGUGCAUUACGUGGGAAGGAUAAGGGUGAAUUUACUAUGUUAUUGUUUCAGAAAUUCGUUUCGAUGCGCUUCUACUCUGCGCUUGUAUGAAAUGACCGUAACAUUUCACAAAAUCAACAAUUAGUAAAAAAUGAGUCAACUCAAUUGCAAACUUACAAAUCUAAUAAAAAAGGUAACCAUUAUUUAGUAUACCUACAGUGUUACCACAUGAAUUCAAAUGCACGGUUUCUAUGUUUGAGACUCCAAACCGUCGCUAAAGCCGGUGUCGUUAACGAACCUCCAGUGUCCUAUACUUAACGAUAAAAAUCCGUGCUUAGACCCAGGUAGAAAUCGUCUCGUUAACAAGCGCCCUUAUACUGCGGAAGGCUUUGCUGUUUUUCCCACUAACUUCAGUCACUUGUAUAAAAAAUAAUUAUUCAAGUGACAUUUAGGAUCCAAACAAUUUUUUUAUUGAGUAAUAUAAAAAUAAGUCGGGUUUUCCUUCCUGACGCUAUAACUCCAGAACGCACGAACCGAUUUCCACGGUUUUGCAUUCGUUGGAAAGGUCUCGGGCUCCGUGAGGUUUAUAGCAAAGAAAAUUCAGGAAAAAUUAAAAAAAAAAUCGUUUUCGUUUAAUCACAAAACGAAAUGUUACAUAAAUCUGGUGGCGAAACGGAGUUCGCUGGGUUUGCUAGUUGAGUAAUAAAAAUAGGUUGAGCUACUUGAACAACUAAAUACAAUUAAAUUUAAUAACGGUGAAAUAAAAAAAUCAAAUGAUAUUUAAAAUUGAUAGUCAAAUCAAUUAACAAUAGAGGAACAUUUAAAUUUUUUUAAAAUACCUUGUUAAUUAGUUCACAUAAUGAGAAUGAUUCAUAAAUAAUUGAAGCAUCUGGAGAAAUUCACUCUUGUGAACAAAUGCUGUUAGUAGCAGAACUGGUAUCACCAGUCUUGUUGCCGCUGCCUGAGUAAAUAUCCAUUCUAAGUUUUUUGGGGUUUGGUUCACAGGAAUUGUAACUGUCACUGAGGGUGCGCUUUCCCGUCGCAAUCAGCUUUAUCACAGUGACACUAUUUUUAUUCUCUUCAUCAGAUUUUUCUUCGACUGAUUUUAGGGACAGCCGAUCGAAAUUUUUUAUUUGUGCUGCAUGACAUAACAUUUUUUCAACUCUAAUUAUAAUGUCAUCAUCCUAAAAUUAAAAUGCAAGUAUUUAGUGAUUUGGGGCAAACUGUACUUCAUGGGCCCAGGAGUUAAUACUUGAGACUAGGUUAGGUUAGUGUUGUGUUUGUGAUCGUAACAAGCAAGCUGGCAAAGUGGCAGAAUAAUACAGGACCUUUUCAACAUAAAAUUGUGAAGUAUCAACACCUGGGUUCAGAAAGUACAGUUUUACAUUUGCCUCUAAUACAAUAAUAUUCAUUGUGAGUGAGAAUAACUGGUGCAGCAUGUUUCACUGGUGUGGUGGCCUUGCUAACUGCCCAAGCAUCUAUUCAAUGCAAUCUUUGGGGAGAUAGAAGACCCUUCAAAUCAAAUCAGUAGUGCCCAGGUUUAAGAGGUGAUUUAAAUGACAGUCAUAAGUGGAAUUGUUUAUACCUGCAUCCAUGGAUGUUUAAGUAUUUGAUCAAGAGUGAUUCGUCUCUCAACUUGUACAGUCAGCAUUCUUUUCAUCAGCCAUUUGGCCUCCAAACUUAUAUCUUUCCAAUGGGCUGGUGAAUAUCGAAAUUGUCCCUUUAGAAUUUGAUCCCUCAAUGUCAUUUCUUUGUAUUCAUUUGAAAAUGGCAAAUAGCCCACUAAGCUAAAAGUAUAAAAAAAAACAUAAUUUGUAAUGAAUACACUUACCUAUAAUUAUUAUAAUCCAUCCAAAUAAAUAAGACUACUGAACAAUUAAAUACACACCAUAUAAAUAAAAUGACACCUAAACUCCAUACAUCAACUUCAUGGCCAUAGAAGUUCUGUCCAUUUGCUCUUACAACUUCAGGAGCUAAGUAUAGUGGUGUCCCACACAUGGUUUUCAUGAAGCUGUCCUCACCAACAAAUUUACUUAAUCCAAAAUCAGUUAUUUUGACCAGUGCUUCAUCAUGUUUACUGUCCAAUAGUACAUUUUCAGG